AUGGCGCUGGAGCGGGCGCUGCAGGCGGCGCGGCAGGGAGAUGUGGAGGCUCUGCGAGGGUUGCGAGCGGCUGGGCUGCUGCGAUCGGGGUUGCGGGACGCCCUGGGAGCCUCCCCCGCGCACCACGCCGCCCGCGCCGGCCGCCUAGCCUGUCUCCGGUACCUGGCGGUGGAGGCCGCGCUCCGAGGGGAUGCGCGGGCACGCAACGGAGCCACACCGGCCCACGAUGCCGCCGCCACCGGCAAUCUCGCCUGUCUCCAGUGGCUGCUCACGCAGGGGGGAUGCAGCGUGCAGGACACAGACAACUCCGGUGCCACCAUCCUACACCUAGCAGCCCGCUUCGGUCACCACGAGGUGAUCGACUGGCUCCUGCGUUUCGGGGGCAGCGACCCCACGGCGGCCACCAACACGGGAGCGCUGCCCGUCCACUAUGCCGCGGCCAAAGGGGAUUUCCCUUCCCUACGACUCCUCUUGGGACACUGCCCCAGCACGCUGAGUGCCCAGACCAAGACGGGGGCCACCCCUCUGUACCUCGCCUGCCAGGAGGGCCACCUGGAGAUCAUCCAGUACCUGGUGCAGGACUGUGGGGCUGAUCCUCAUGCACGUGCCCACGACGGCAUGACCCCACUGCAUGCCGCUGCCCAAAUGGGCCACAACACUGUCAUCGUCUGGCUGAUGAGCUUCACGACGGUGAGCCUGUCGGAGCGGGACGCUGAGGGGGCCACAGCCAUGCACUUCGCUGCCAGCCGUGGCCACGCCAAGGUGCUGAGCUGGCUGCUGCUGCACGGGGGGGAGAUCACUGCCGACAGCUGGGGUGGCACGCCACUGCAUGACGCUGCUGAGAACGGCGAGUUGGAGUGCUGCCAGAUCCUGGUGGUGAACGGUGCCGACCUCAGCGUCCGUGACCAGGAUGGCUACACGGCAGCCGACCUCGCCGACUACAACGGCCACAGCCAUUGUGCCCAGUACCUGCGCACCGUGGAGAACAUGAGCGUGGAGCACCGUGUGCUGUCCCGGGAUCCCUCAGCGGACGGGGAAUGCCGGCAGCCCGACUCGGGCAUGUCGUCGCCCAACACGACGGCAUCGGUGCCCCAGGCACGCUUUGAGGUCGGCUCCCCCGCCAGCACCCUCUCCAACUACGACUCCUGCAACUCUAGCCAGUCCAGCACCGGGGAGAAGAGGGGCGGCCCCGGGGCGGGAGUGCCCGAGCCGGCGCUGGCGGACAUGCAGGCCUACAUGGACAUGCUGGACCCAGAGAUGCGGCCGCGGGACCGGGGGUCGGCAAGCGAGGGCUCCCCUCCACCCCCACCCCCCGCUUUCCCCCCGCCCCCACCUCCCACUGCCCGACUGCCCCCGCCGCCCCCAGGCUACCCCGCACCCAUGCCCUCUGCUGCACCCCACACGGCCGACAUCUACGUGCGGGCCAAGAACAAUCUGCGGCACGUGGAGAGCCAGGCGCUGCGCCGAGAGCUGGCAUCGCGCGACAGCAGCCCCGAGGGCCUGCGCAGGGCCGAUUCUACCAGGAGGUCGAGGAACUUCGGCAAGCAGCCGAGCACCGGAGACUACUACAAGCAGCUGGGACACAGAGUGGGGGAGCAGCCUGGCCUGCAGCGAAUGGCGCACAGUGAGGAGGUGAGCACCCGGCCUCGCACCCACGGCCAGCAUGUGGUUCGGCGGCACCCCAAGCCUGGCACCGAACUGCCGCCCCCACCACCCCCUCCGCCGCUGCCCGAUGCCGGCUGCCCGCCACCCCCACCCCCACCUCCGCUGGCCGAGACCCCUGCCGGUCCCCGCCGUUCCUCCUCCUCCACGGGAAGAGGAAAGGCGCUCAGGCAGAUGAAGAGCACCAAAUCCUUCAACAUGAUGUCCCCCACUGGCGACAACUCGGAGCUGCUGGCUGAGAUCAAAGCUGGGAAGAGCCUCAAGCCGACACCGCAGAGCAAAGGCUUCACCACAGUCUUCUCCGGCAGCGGCCAGGCAGGGGCUAAUGCAGAGUCACCGGUGUCCUCCCCAUCACCCACCAGAACGCCCACCCCGCCGGCCAUCCCCGAGGCUGCUGGGCCGCCACGCUGCCUGGCAGGGGGCUCGCCAGAGCCGGUGCUGAAUGGAAGCUCACCGAUGCCAGCGGCGGGCGUCGGGGCAGCAGCGGAGGUGGAGGCACUGUUGCCUAGCCACGAUGAGCAGGGCCGACCCAUCCCCGAGUGGAAGCGGCAGGUGAUGGUGCGCAAGCUGCAGCUCCGCAUGCAGGAGGAAGAGGAGCAGCGGCGUAAGGAGAAGGAGGAGGAGGCGCGCCUGGCCAGCAUGCCAGCCUGGAGGAGGGACAUCCUACGCAAGAAGCUGGAGGAGGAGAGGGAGCAGAAACGGAAAGAGCAAGAAAAGCUGAAACGGGAGGAGGAGGAGAAAGAGAAGGAGCAGUCGGAAAAGCUAAGGACUCUCGGGUACGAUGAGACAAAGCUGGCACCCUGGCAGCGGCAGAUCAUCCUCAAGAAGGGGGACAUAGCCAAGCAUUAG